AAGGGCAUGAAUGCCCCUUUUCCCUCUUUCAAACCCUACAUACAAAUCCCUAGAAACUUAUAAUUUUCAAACAAGCAUACCUUGGAAGAACUUAUAAUUUCAAACAAACAUAUAUUUUUCUGAUUCAGAUGGAAAACCAAAGGAGUAGCAGCAGCAGCAGCUGGGUAGACAACUAUGGUAAUGACAAAGAUGAGAAGAAUGAGCAAUGGAGAGCUGACGAAGAAAUUGCUGGAAACCAAGCGGCACUGGAAGCUUUACGCGAACUUAUACUUUUCCCCCUGUUUUAUUCACAAGAAGCUAAAAUUCUGGGUCUCACAUGGCCCAAAGGUUUGCUUAUGUAUGGUCCAUCUGGAACCGGGAAGACAAGUUUGGUGCGAGCAGUUGUUAAGGAAUGUGGUGCACAUUUAACUGUCAUCAGUUCGCAGUCUGUUCAUAGAGCUUAUGCUGGAGAAAGUGAGAAAAUUCUGCGUGAGGCAUUUUCAGAGGCAGCAUCUCAUGCACUCACAGGCAAACCCUCCGUAAUUUUCAUAGAUGAAAUAGAUGCAUUGUGUCCACGCCGUGAUUCAAGACGGGCGCAGGAUGUUCGCAUAGUCUCUCAACUUUCUUCUUUAAUGGAUGCAAACAUACGGCCGUCUAAUUCCUUAGUUCACGUUGUUGUGGUUGCAGCAACUAACAGAAUUGAUGCAAUUGACCCUGCACUAAGAAGGGCAGGGCGUUUUGACACUGAAAUAGAAGUUACGACACCUACUGUAGAAGAGAUAUUUGAUAUAUUAAAGCUCUACACUAAACAGCUUCCUUUGAAACCCAAUGUUGACUUGCAAGCCAUUGCUGCAUCUUGUAAGGGGUUUGUUGGUGCUGAUCUAGAAGCUUUAUGUCGUGAGGCUAGGGACCAUGCUAAAGGAAGAGCUGGUGUGUUUUGCUUAACUAUGGAAGAUUUGGAAUAUGGUAAAUCUGUGGCCGGCUCUUGCAUAACAAGAGGUGUGACAGUGGAAAUCCCCAAGGUGCGCUGGGAAGAUAUUGGCGGACUAAAGGAUGUGAAGGAAAAGCUCCAACAAGCUGUUGAGUGGCCUAUCAAACAUUCUGCGGCAUUUUUAAGGAUGGGAAUAUCACCUGUCCGUGGUGUGCUUCUGCAUGGGCCUCCUGGAUGCUCUAAAACAACUCUUGUUAAGGCUGCAGCUAAUGCUGCCCAAGCUUCCCUUUUUUCCUUGAGUGGUGCAGAUGUACAUUCAAUGUAUGUUGGAGAGGGUGAAGCACUGCUGCGAAACACAUUCCAAAGAGCUCGCCUUGCAGCUCCAAGCAUGAUAUUUUUUGAUGAGAUUAAUGUUAUUGCUCCCAAACGAGGUGGGAAUUCAAGUAAUAGCACUACAGUUGAAGACAGGCUUCUGUAUACUUUGUUGACCGAAAUGGAUGGUCUGGAAGAAGCUAAGGGAAUUCUUAUAUUAGCUGCCACAAAUCUUCCUCAUGCAAUAGAUGAUGCUCUUAUGCGUCCCGGGCGUUUUGAUAUGGUGUUGUAUGUACCUCCACCUGAUGUUGAGGCUCGAUAUGAGAUACUUCUUGUUCUUACCCGGAAAAUGCCGUUAGGCGAUGAUGUCGAUCUAAAAAGAAUAGCAGAAGAUACAGAGUGCUUUACAGGGUCAGAACUAAAAGGUCUUUGUGAUGAAGCUGGACUUGUUGCUCUGAGGGAAGACAUGUCAGCCAUUGUUACGUGCAACCGUCAUUUCCGGACCGUAAUGGAGUUGCGGAAACCAGCAUUAACCGCGGCACUUAUAGAAAAGUACUCAUCAUUUAUGAAGACCCGCAAGACCUCUUCGCGGAAACCAGCAUCAACUGCGGCAGGUAUAGAAGAGUACUCAUUUAUGAAGACCUGCAAGACCUCUUCUAACCGGAUUGGAUCUUAUAAUAGUGAUAGCAGUGGACGGAGUCACAACUUGUUCCGUACGACUCUCUCUCUUAAAAUUGGUGUAUUAAGCUUCGUAUUGCUUGUUGUUGCAAUUGUUGCUCAAUAAUUUGUUGAAGGCAUCCCUGUCCUCGUAGGGACCCAAUGCUUCAUUCUUGUAUUGUACCUACAUAAUUAUUAAUAUUUUAUAUGUAAUUUAUAUUUUUAUUUAA